CCCCGCUCUCCUCUGCGCUCAGGUCACGUGGGCCAGCAACGGCGAUAACUAAAACUCACUGAGCACUCGCCGAGCAUCAAGUGCAUUUGAAGGCUUUAAAACCAUCAUCAUGUUCAGUAUAUUUUGGAUCCCCAUUUUGAAAGAUGAAGAAACGGGGGCCCAGAGAGGUGGAGUAAUUUGCCCAAAGAUCCACAUCUGGUGACUGUAGGAGUCGGGAUUGGAACCCAGAUCUGACUUCACCGCCCAAAGUAUCUUUCACUGCACUAUUCGAGGUGUGGAACUGUGCAUCUCAUAAAACCAUUGUGCUACGGGUUGACGCCUCCCUCCUCCUCCGUUCUACCCCAUCCCUCAAUUUAGGCCAAGUAAACAGCUUUUCCCUUCUGACCCCAAGAUGACGCUUUAACCUGACCGAGAAUUGGGAAGUUAUUAUGAUGAAUAUCUUGCGGAUUUGUUACCCACUAGGACACUGAUUGAGUUUCCUGCUUGGGGAAAUGUCACACAGGCUGUGGAUCCAGUGCCAGCCCAGAGUUGGCCCUCCCAAGGCUGCCUUCCUCCGAGCUGUGCCGCGGUCGCCAGGGCCAGCUGCAUGGGGAAGGCCUCUCCACGAGCUGUGGUGCUGCAGUGGGCGGGAUCCUAGGAGGUGGGUGGGAAGCAGGCCACCAGCCUCCAAGGAGAAACCACCCGGCACAGAGACAGAGACAUUUCAGAUGGUGUACCGGUUUGAUGCCAUCAGGGCUUUCGGGUACUUGUCUCGGCUGAAGGUGGCACAGACGGCCCUGACGGUGGUGGCCUUGCCGCCUGGCCUCUACUGGUACUCCCAGGGCCUCAUGACCUUCAACUCCCUGUGCCUGGCGGGCGGGAUCGCUGGCUUUGCCCUGGCCAUGUUGUGCUGGAUGAGCCAUUUCUUCCGGAGGCUGGUGGGCAUCCUGUACGUGAACGAGUCGGGCACCAUGCUGCGGGUGGCCCACCUGACCUUCUGGGGCCGGCGACAGGAGACAUACUGCCCUGUGGCUGACGUGAUCCCCAUGACGGAAAGCCAGGAUCGGCCUCAGGAGCUGUUCAUGCGGAUCCAGCAGUACAAUGGGAAACAGACCUUCUACCUCACCCUGCGCUACGGACGCAUCCUGGACCGAGAGCGUUUCACACAGGUGUUUGGGAUGCUGGACAAGCUCAAGUGAACGGGCAGGAGCCAGGCCUCCUGCAGGAAGCCUGAGGGUGUGGGCGGGGCUGAAGGAGGGGUCGGGCAGCUGGAGACUUUGCUGGGGCCCCUGGGAACUUGUCUUUUGGGAUGAGGAAAUUCAUGAGGUAGAAGUGAGUAACUGGGUUUAGAAAGAGGCCCUGAGUGCAGAUUCUUAACUGCACUUGUGUGUGACAUUCAGAUAAUGGCCAGAAGUUUCUGUUAAGAGCCAGUUCUUGGAGGAAGAGAUGCUAAGCUCUCUCGAACAGUUUACACUGCUGUGAAAUCAAAGACAGAGAGAUGGGGGGCGGAAACCAGAAGACUUGCGUCUGUCAGUUUCCAAAUCCCUGUCCUGGGGCAGGUUAUCAAGUUUCUCAGAACCUUGGUUUUCACAUCUUUUUUUUUUUUUUUAACAUCUUUAUUGGUGUGUAAUUGCUUUACAAUGAUGUGUUAGUUUCUGCUUUAUAACAAAGUGAAUCAGCUAUACAUAUUCAUGUAUCCCCAUAUCUCCUCCCUCUUGCGUCUUCCUCCCACCCUCCCUAUCCCACCCCCCCAUCCCACCCCUCUAGGUGGACACAAAGCACCGAGCUGAUCUCCCUGGGUUUUCACAUCUUAAAGUGGAAAAAUCCUCCCUGUCUCCCGGGAUGGGUGUGAGAAUAAACAAUAAAUGUCAUUGUUAGUUCAGAGGUGAUGGCGCCGCAAAAGGCUUCCAGGCAAUGGGUAGGGAUUUCACCAGCCCUAUGCUGCGCCCCCUUGUGGACCCAGCGGCGGGGGGACCAGGAUGAAGCCUAGAGGUUGGUCGUUUAUCCUGCCAGCACGGUAGCUGCACAGCCACUGGGGCAAGGUUGUAAUCCGAGCAAGUUCACCGCCCAGAGGUCUAGGGGCUCUCACAUCAGAAGGCUUUGCAGUGUGAUAAAGUCAGAUGAACUAUAUGCUGGUGUGAUACUUUAUAAAAUAAAGCCGGGUAUAUGUAAUGUCCCCCGUAAUUAGCAAUAUGCUUAUUAUAUAAUUUGUAGCAAAGUAAAGAGGAAAGAAGUCAUGAUCUUUGUAAUUCUGCCACUCAGAAGUCAAUAACUAAAUUUUGUUUUGUGACCUUCCAGUCUUUUUAUUUCAAAUCAUAGUAAAAUAUA